AUGCGCUCUUUCACCUCUUUCACCUCGGGCCUCCGCUCGUUCAAUGCCUUGUCGCAAAACAUCACACGCUCGCGCUUCCUCUCAACACAGCCUCUCCGAUCGCGCUCCUCCAUCUCAUCAGCUCUCCCUCACUCACGAAUCUUCACUCAAACCCAACUCCGCUACAACUCAAGCGCUCCUCGCCCUCUCACCGAGGCGCCAAAGAGCCAAACCGAAAAAGAAGCGGAGUGGGAGGCGGCAAACCAGGAGCGUCGCAAGAAUGAAGAGGCCUACCGAAUUACUUUUACUUGCAAACCCUGCGGUCAUCGCUCUGCGCACCGCAUGUCAAAGCAGGGUUAUCACCGCGGAACCGUCCUCAUCCAAUGUCCUUCGUGCCAGUCGCGCCAUGUCAUGAGUGACCAUCUCGGAGUUUUCUUCGAUAAGAAGACUACCCUUGAAGAUCUUUUGAAGGAGAAGGGUCAGGCUUUGACCCACGGUCACACUGAUGGAAACCUUGAAUUCUGGGAUGAUGGCACAGUGAAGAGCUAUGACUUGGAGGGCAAGGAGAAACUUGGAUCUCCCGAGGAAGAGAAGAAACUGGGAUCUUCCAGCGAGAAGUCGGAAUAA